CGGUAAGGCCCACGAUGAUCUCUCUGCCCGUUGCGAAACCUUCUCCUCGAGAUACCUAAUUCGUCUUGGCUUCAAAUAGCCAUCGUGCACGUCAAACUCGCAAUUUAGACACUCGGAAGUUACUCAACUCGGACAAAAUUCCUGCGGGAUUUCCCUCAAACGCAUUCUCGCUCUUGACAUCCCCUUGGAGCAUAACAACUUAUUAUUGUACUUCAAUCAUGUCCAAUACCGGCAACCCCGCUCAUUCGUCUUGCCGCUUCUCGACGCGCAUCUCACUACGAUGGCUCCCCGAGCCCGCGCACGAGACGACCGAUACCAUCGUCAUGUCCGUCAAGGACUGGUACCUAGAUCUGCGAAUGGACAAGCAAACCGGUGAAAUUGACUGGGCAAUUGCUGGUCAACGGCUAAUUGAAAGCCAAGAACCUCUACGUGUAUCCUUCACUCACGAGCUCGACUCCCAUGAUGCUUUUGAAAGUGCCGACUGUGGGACAUUCGUCACUCUCCCGAACGGUGACGACCUCGAGACGGGAUCCAUGCCCCGCCCUGAUCUCCCCGGUGCACCCGAGACAGACUACGAGGAGGUUUGGCGAGAGCUGCCGUUCAAGGAAGGCCCCGAAGGACCAGGGAAGGGAUUGUCAUGGGUUCUCGAGUCGGAUGAUGGCGAGCUAGGAGAGGGUGAGGUGACCGUGGUCAAGACGUUCCUGGGUCGAAUUUGGGGGACGUAUCUGGCAUUGCAGCAGACCCAGACUCAUAUUAGAGAGAGAGGACCGUCUGGAGACUGGGUCGUGAGGAAGAAGGGGGCCGAUGUCAGUGCCAGGAGAGAGGAAUGGAGCUCGGCCUGGGAGGAUCGAUAUGUGGUUGGACCCGCUGGAACAGCACUGCCUUCUAUAGGCAAUGGUCUUGAGGGGGAAGGGCAAAAUGCAUGGAGGGUAGUCGGAGAGAAAGUGACUAUUCAAGGAAGGAGGUAUAUUGUUAGAGCAUUUGAGGAGAUUUAGGAGACGUCGAGAUGUCAUGUCAUGGCCAGCUUGGCCAUGUUGCGUAGAUUUGACGCACGGAUUGUCCUCGGGCUAGCAAAUUUACAAUUCCCAGAAAAUUACCCAUGGGUAUACCUAUAAACUCAAUCAGUGGCUCAUAUAUCGGUCUGAACUAGUACCAAGAAG